AUGGCUCUCAUAACCUCCCAGACCCUCAUCGCAUCGAUAUCUCUCUUCCACAUCUCCUUGGGCUUCUUCUUCCUCACGAAUCCGAGCACAGUUAGCGACCAGAUUUUGGUGCAGGUCCUCGGCCAGAGCAUGGGCAUCCCGCAUGCCCGCGGCUUCGAUGCGCAAAGCCAUGCGCUGGGCUUCCUCGCCCUGGUUCUAGCCUUUCUUGGGUUCGGCGAUCUUUUUAGCUUGGGAAUGCCCGAAGAGUUGGCGUCUCUGUACUACUGGGGAACGCAAGCCCCCCUGCGAGCCUUGUUCUCCAUCUUCCUAACCUUCUACAUUUACACCUUUGGCCCAUCAUCCCCUCUCUUUGGCAGCAAUAACCGCCGAGGAUACAACCCCUCGUACUCGAAAGCCACCUGGGGUGGCGAGAGCCUCAAGAAUCGCGUCCUCUUCACCUUUGUCUUUAUUGAGAUGAUUGCCUGGUUCUGGGUGUGGGUCACGCUGCGGGAGGAGAGGCAGGGUGUUGUGGACAGGAUGAGGAGGAAGAAUGCAAGGGCAAGCGCAUACCUGCAUGAGCACGAUGAGUGA